GGAAAGAAAAGGUCAUUUGUAAGUGUAGAAUUGGUGAUUUUGACAAGGUUUUUUCGACACGUUGUCAUCGUAACCUAGCAUCGACAUUCGGUUAAAAGACAUACGUUUUGCCCUUUUUUAUAUUGCAAUUUGCUAAUCUCUUCUUGCCAUGUAUGUGACUUGUACAACUUUUUUAAACCAAAAAUGCACAAUAUCUAAGUCAUGCCAAUUAAAGCAAUAACCUGUGACUAGACGCAAUCUUGUACGUGCUUUUAAAUUCAGUCAAACUUCAACAAGUGGUAAACAUGGACACGAAAAUUAUUUCAGUUGCUGCAAAAACCUCCAAAAUUCCUCUAGAAUCAACAGGAAAACUACUGUUUGACAGAAUUAGCACCUUCGAAAACACAGCAGUGGCUUUCGUAAGUCAUCAAACAUUCUACUCACUUAAUUCCACUUUGCAAUUACAGUUUGAAGUCAAAUCCGGCGUAACGUGCACCUACGGCAACCUAGCUAUCAACAGCCUAAACCUAGCCAGAAAUCUCCGAAACUCAGUAGGAAUAGUAAAAAAUGACCACCUCGCCAUCAUUAGCGAAAACUCACACAAAAUCUGGGUGGCUGCAUUGGCUGGGCUAUACCUAGCCGCUCCAUUCCACCUACUAAACCCAGGAUUUACCACUUAUGAACUGAAAAAAUACCUGAUGAUGUCUGAACCGAAAGUGGUAUUUUGCUCGAAACAGGUUCUACUUAAACUUCAGGUAGUUAGAGACGAGUGUACUUUUAUCGAAGCGGUCGUACUUUUUGAUGACGAAGAUGAUACCAGCAAGGACGUUAUUCUCUAUAAAGAUUUGAUCCAAGAGGGGUGCGACGGAAAAUGUUUUGAAAUGGAAGAAGUGGAUGAUCUUGACAAUCAAGUUGCAUAUAUAGCAAAUUCUUCUGGUACUACUGGGUUACCCAAGGGGGUCAUGGUCACACACGCGAAUUUGCGCUUGAAUAUGAGCCACGUUAUAGAUAGGGAGUUAUACCCUUUCGAAGAUAACAGCGUAGUUCUGCACGUCAUCCCUUUCUACCACGUCCACGGUUGUGGGGUGUGCUACUGCGGGCUGUACCGAGGUCUCAAGCUUCUGGUAAUGGACCAAUUCGAGCCCAAGUCGUACUUACACAACAUCCAAGAACACAAAGUCUCUACAUUAUUCAUCGUUCCGACAUUAGCAGACUUCCUAGCUAACAGUCCCUUACUCGACACGUAUGACUUAUCCUCAGUGGAACAAAUCUACUCAGCGGCGGCGGUUCUCAAAACCACCACCCACCAAAAAGUCCUCAAAAGAUUUAACAUAAAAUCCGUCCGCCAAAUCUACGGCGCCACCGAAAUCGGCGUCGCCGUCUUCAUGACCCCCACCGCCUCCUUCAAGCCGGGAAGCACCGGCAAGGUUACCCCCGGCGUUUCGGUAAAGAUCGUCGAUCCGGCCACUGGCGAAUCUCUCGGGUGUAACCAAUCAGGAGAGAUCUGCGUCAAGACCGCCACAAUGAAGGGCUACCUCAACGAUCCCGAGAACACACGAACGUCGUUCGACGCCGACGGGUUCGUCCGAACGGGAGACGUGGGGUACUACGACGAGGAGCACCACUUUUACAUAGUGGAUCGACUGAAGGAUUUAAUUAAAUAUAAAGCAUUCCAAGUGCCACCAUUGGAAAUCGAGGAAAUUUUACUGCUUCAUCCGGGGGUGGGGGAUGCGGCGAUUGUGGGAAAGCCAGACGAGAGGUGCGGGGAGUUGGCGGUGGCGUUUGUGGUUAGGGAGGAGGGGGUGGAGGUGGAGGAAUCAGAGGUUGUAGAUUUUGUGGCCAAGUAUUUGAGUGUGGAGAAGAGGCUGCAUGGAGGGGUGAGGUUCGUGGGGGAGAUACCGAGGAAUGGGGUGGGGAAGAUUUUAAGGAAGGAGUUGAGGGAGUUGCUUUAAUAAAAAUGAGUACGUUUGAGGUUUUUUGUGUCGAGAGUUUUUAAAACAUUUAUAAAAAAUUAAAGAGAUUAAACAUCUGAGAUAUGCUAUCUUUAUACAGGAAAAUGCAUUAUCGGCCAUAUUA